CCGACCUCCGGUACGGCGUGUCUUCUGUGACUCCAGUGACUCACUGUGUUCUGUGACUCGUUCAGUGACUGUGUCGCCUCUCGGGAUACUGGAUACCCUCUCAGCAGCCGCGAACUAAGGAUACUUACCUCCGCCUUCUGGUUCUCUGUGAGUUCUUCUCAAGGAUUUUCCCAAUUUUCCUCGUAGUUGGUUAAAAUGGUCGUUGGUGUUGAGGUACCGGUAACGUUCCACGAUGACACCGAUUCCGUGUGUGUUCGCCCCGAGGAUGAGUAGGCCUGGGGCCCGCAGCCACAAUCUCAAUCAGCGACCUGCCCGGGCCAACCCAGGUGACGAAAGAACGCUCCUCAUCAUGCCACGUCGCCGCCUCUCCGCCUCAUCAGCCUCCGGAUGACGAUGGGCCGCCCGUCGAUCUGAGCAGAGUUCCGCUGGAUCCCCCCUGGCUGAGUCCGACCCGAGCGCCGCCGGAUUCACCGCCUCCUUCGACAUCGUCGUCUUCAAAUAAAAUGAAAAUAACCGGCGGUGACUCUCCGUUCAUCAUAGGAAUGCCCGUAGAUUUGAUGAACUCGUGCUGGGCUGUCUCCGAACACUUUCUGGGCAGUGCUUCCCACCAGAAGACCAUGUUGGGUGACACAGAGGACGAGGAUUCCAACUCAAAGUCCGCUAUGGACGACUUCGAGCUGAUCCUGAAAAACUCAUCGCCCUCGGAACAAAACAACAAUUUGGCCGAGCUGAAACCUCUGCCCCCCUUUACGGGGUACACAGGCCACCUCAGCAUCAACGGCAUCCCCGGACACCACUACCACACGAUAGCGUCGGCGCCCAGUCCUCCUCGCGUGGAGGCCAACAAUAACUCCUCAGAAACCGCCAACCAAAACUCGAUGUUUUAUUCCGCCGACCAAGUGGUAUCCUCCUCUACCAUGGACUGUCCUCUGGACAAUAUUAAAACGGAGAGUGUCGACUACAACGGCAUCCUUUUGGACCCCGCCAUAGAAGACAUCGCCGCAGUGCUCGGCUCUGCCAUCGCUGAUACCACGCAAGCAAACAACAACAAUAACAACAGCAGUAAUAGCACGAACAACAACAAUAUAGACUGCGGAUCGUCUAGGGACAGUUGGAUGGAACUUGAUGCUUGGUUCGAUUCGGCGUGUGAGCAAAAUCCGUCCGGCAACAGUAAAUCAAUCCUACCCACGGACACGUUGCAAGAGUUUGUGCCCGCUACGUCACACUUCUCAGCGUCACCCUCGCCUCCACCCGCCGUCACCAUAUCUUUUCAGCAAGUGGCUCAGCACAAGCGAGAACUGUCAUACUCUUCCAUGCCACUGCUGCAGAGUCGGUUACAAAAUGGACCACCCACAAUAAAACCCGAGUUGACGUACACCCUAGUGCCGUGCAAGCAGGAAGUCACCUACAGCUUGGUCUCGGAGUGUCCUUCGCCGUCCUCGUCCACCCCCUACCUGGCGCAUAGUCCACCCGGUCACGUGGUGUCCACCUCAGACCUGGUGCGGUACAACCCCGUCCACAGUUCUCGGCCUUCGCCCGAGCUGCAGGUCAGCUUCCCUCACACCACCACGCCUUCCAAAAAGUCCAAGAACAGGUCGAGGAGCAAGACUGCCGCGGCCACGUCCACCGUCGUGUACAGCGAAGGUAUCGGCAAGGAGAAACCCGUCCACAGGUGUACCAUCUGCAACAGAGGGUUCCUGAACAAGUCGAAUAUCAAGGUACACUUGAGGACGCACACGGGUGAGAAACCCUUCCGCUGCGAGGUGUGUGGAAAAGCGUUCAGACAGAAGGCCCACCUGAUCAAGCACGCGCAGAUACACAAACGUAUAGGGAGAGACUGAUAUGAUGAGGAGUGCGACCGUCCUGCCGCCCUGGGCGACUCGGGCAGGUUCAACCCCCUGCUGCUGCUCAAGUACGCGCGUGCCCUCUUUCCUUGAUCGGGGAGUUCGUGAGGCAUCCAAAACUAAUCGAGAGUAUGAUGAAACUCGAGUCUAGUAGAGUGAUGAAGUAGGAUUAUGUAGUCUUCUGUGAGGUCUCAUGAUCGUGUUUCACCCUCUCCAUCAUAUAACUGAGGAGUAAACGAGAGCUGUACAAACAACAUUAACUUGAGCUAGGGGUCGACUCCCGAGACGAACAGAGCGUCGAACUGUCCACUCCGUGUCCGCCUGUAAAAAUCCAAAGGAAAUUCCAUUGAAAAGACAAAGACUUGCAAAUAUUUGUGAAUAGUUGUUUAAAGUGUGCAAAUAGAGUACUGAAUUGUGCAUCCCAGAAUAAUGUAUAUAUAUUUAUGGUUUUCUGGUAAAAGUGAAAAACGUGCACGGCAUAAGAUGUUUGUCAAUUUUAAUCGAAGAACUCAGGAAAAUUAUAUGUACAGAUAAGUGCUAAAAACUAUUUUAUGAGUCUGAUAUCUUUUUAAGUGAAUAUAAAUCUUUUAUUAAUGAAGUUUCUAUCCUGAAUGCUGGUAAAAUGUUCAGCUGUUAAGCAUUUUUUUAAGUUGAUAUUUCAUUUAAUGUUUAAUAAGAAAUGCUUUUAGAUUCGUGGUAAAAUUGUUACCCAUUAAAAACUGUUGUUGGUGUUAUUUGAAAUUUUGAACGGUAUUUAAACAAAAACUUAAGUUUAGGUACAACAUUUGAAAUGUGUAUUAGAAUCUGCUCUCUAUAUGUCACAGUGAACUGUGCAUUAUUAAUUUACUGUUUGAUAACAAAUUAGAGAUUAAGGAGUGAGUGCAAUGGUCUGGUAUUUUAUAAUGAUUAUGUACAUAUAUAUUAUUUAGUCUUAGGCAAUCCCAAAAAGCCCAUCUCCAUAACAUCACUUAUUCUGGUGCUGGGUGUAAUUUUAAUCAAAAUGUUUUUGAAAACUGGGAACCGACCUCGCUACCUGUUUUGCAGGUCCAUUGUUUUGCUACCCAAUGUUUUUCUUUACGGUUUAUUGUAUUUACAUAGUUUCUGAGAGUUUCAGAAGAUCUUCGUAUAAACAUUACUCAAAAUCAUUGCAUAUUGCAAUCAUUAGGUGCUACAUCUGACCAUGAAUUAUUCCACAACAUUAAUACAAACGGAUACGAGAAUACAAACAUUGACAGCUAGGAUUGAGUAGUUAACAUUACAACUAUGAUAAUAUGAUGAGUAUUUUUUCAGAUUCAAUUUCAUAAAUGUUAACAGAAAUUUUUAAUUUAAUUUUAUUACAAACGUUAGUUUUACUAUAAGUUAACUGUAUUAAUAUGAUACUUUGUUUAUUGUGAACUAACUAAACUGUUACUUUUUGGAAUUUGAAAAUUUAUUAUUGUAAAAGCUGUAUUUUCGUUUCAUUAAUUAUUCUUUAAAUAAUUUUUACCUUCUAAGAAUAUAUAAUAAAAACUACUUACUCAUGCCUACGUGAUUUCUUUCUUUCUUCAGAUAUUUCUAAAAUAAGAACUUAAAUUAAAUACUUAAUUUGUUUCCCAUUUAAUCUGUCUAAAACACUUAAUGUAACUGUAGCAUUUAUAAAACGUUAUGAGUAAUUUUAAGUUUAGAAUUAAUAAAGGGACCAAAAAUGUACAUACAAUAAAUUAUAUUUUAAUAUA